AAAAUUGUGCUUUCUGUAUAACCUAUUCUGUAUCUUUCUCAUCUUGAAUACCUUUUCCUUAGAGGUAAAUUGCACUGAUUAAUUAUACCUUGGUAAAUUAUUUUAAGAUUGUACUUCACAGCUGCUUUAUUUUUAUACUAUUUUAUAUAAACUGCCCCAAAGUGGUUCUCUAGAAAGCAUGGAAAAACAAGAAUUCUAUAAAAGAGAAUUCAGUACAAUUUCAUAAUGGAAACAUUAAAAAAAAUAGGUCAGUAUGCAAACAUUUCGGUAUGAAUAGGAAGAGGGCAAAAUAGAACAGCAGUAAAAUAAAUCUAUUUAAAGGGCCUCAAGAGAUCAGUCAGUCUCAGCCACUGCUCAUGCAAGAUGAAAAAUGCCUAGUUGUGCUAAGUCAGGAUUUUAUUGAACUAGCAAUAGUUCUUUGGUUCAUAGUUCAUAUUAAGCCAAAUCAAAGGACCAUUGGAAGCUGCUUUAUAUCAUGUUUAUCUGACUUAGUAAAUCUACAACAAAAUGGCUGAAGUAGAAGGAAUUUUGCAUUUUGGAAUAGCCACCUGGCCGUACUCAAUUAAAAUGUUUUGGCGUGUUCUGAAAUCUGCAAUUAUGGAAGACAUGCCCAAAAUAUUAAUGAGUUAAAGCAGCUCUGUGAAGAGGAAUAGGCUAAAGUAAUGUCAAACUAAGAUUAAUCAACAGGUACAGGAAAAGUUUGGCUGAAGUCAUUGCUACUAAAGGAGGUGCCACAAAUUACUAAAUCUAAAGUUUCAAGAAAAAAAAAUUCCCAGCAAAAACAGCAAAUGGUGGUUCACUGUGGAGACAUAAUGCACUAUACUGUUCUCUGUGUUGUUUGUUUAGCUUAAAUCUCUUUAUCUAUCACUGGCAUUUAGUUGAAGCUCAUAUCAUGCUAUAGGUCACAGUGCAGCUUGAUUACUGAUCAUCCUAAAGGAUUCAAUUUUUUCUCACCACUCAUGGAAUAUAUGGCUUGGGCUGCCUGCCUCUCUGGAUGCUCAUCCAGUCAGGGCCUGUUCCCAACAGUGCUGUUGAUGACACUUGGGGAGAGGGCAAUUGGCAAAGCAAGAAAACCUAUAUUCAUCAGACUAACAAUGUAGAAGCAGCCCACCAAGAGUUAUGGAACAAGACUUGGCUCCUUUUCGAGAAGGAAUCUCUGAGGAGUUGCUGUCAGAAGCAAUCAGUCGAAAGUUUGGGACACACUACCAGAUCAUUGAGAAGAAAUUGUACCGUGAGCGUGAUUGCAUGUUCCCUGCAAGAUGCAGUGGAGUUGAGCACUUCAUCCUGGAAAUUAUUCAGGAUCUUCCAGAUAUGGAGAUGGUCAUCAAUGUGCGAGACUACCCCCAAGUGCCCAAAUUUAUGAAACCAAGAGUGCCUGUUUUAUCUUUCAGCAAGACUUCAGAAUACUAUGAUAUUAUGUACCCUGCCUGGACAUUUUGGGAAGGGGGACCAGCUGUUUGGCCAAUUUAUCCCACAGGCCUUGGGCGGUGGGAUCUAAUGAGAGAAAGCCUCCAAAGCUCAGCAGAAAAAUGGCGCUGGGAGAAGAAAAUUUCAAAAGCCUAUUUUCGAGGAUCCAGGACAAGUUCAGAGCGGGAUCCCCUCAUUCUUCUUUCCCGAGAAAAUCCAGAUCUUGUUGAUGCAGAGUACACUAAGAACCAGGCUUGGAAAUCUGAAAAAGAUACUCUUGGGAGACCACCUGCGACAGAAGUUCCACUGGUAGACCAUUGUAAAUUCAAAUACCUCUUCAAUUUUCGAGGUGUAGCAGCCAGUUUCCGCUUCAAACACCUUUUCCUGUGUGGUUCUUUGGUCUUCCAUGUUGGAGAAGGCUGGCAAGAAUUCUUCUACCCACAAUUGAAAUCUUGGGUUCACUAUAUCCCAGUUCAGUCUGAUCUUUCUAAUGUGAGUAAACAUAUAUUUCAUAUAUGUUUCAGAGAGCUAUUGGAAUUUGCAAGAGAAAAUGAUGACGUUGCUCAAAGAAUUUCUGAGAGGGGUCGCCAGUUCAUCAUGGACCACUUGCAAAUGGAGGAUAUCUCUUGUUACUGGGAACGACUCCUAACUGAGUAUUCCAAAGCCUUGACUUAUAAAGUGAAACGGAAGAGCAACUAUAAAGAGAUACCACCAAGACCUUUGAAAACAGAACUGUAAAAAAACAACACUUCCAAUCAGGGCUUGUAAACAUUUUGAAAUCAGGAAAACAGGAUUGUUCGUCCAACCAGGGAAGUUCUCUGUGUUUGUUGACAAACUAAAGAGAGAAGCAUAUUGUUGCUACUUAUUAUACUGAGUGAUUAUGGCUGAGUGUGUAUUCUAUUUUAUAUUGUGGUCAGUAAAAUUUUGAGAAGUACUCUGUUAAGGGGGUGAAAAUUUCACUGAGUCCUAGCAUUUUUAAAAAUUCCUUGACAAUUGUUCUGUCAUAUCUACUUGUCUCACCACAAUGUCAUAUUGAUCUACUGUGUGGGUUAUAAUUGCUAAGUGAAUCAUCUCCUGAAUUGUGCAACAUACUAUGUUGACUAACUUUCCUGCUGGCUAAGAUCAAAGAUAUAGUUUAAUACAUCAGGAAGCCCAUCAUUCUAAAACAAGCUGCUGGAAGCUUGUGGAAAGCGUGAAAUUAAAUAAUUCUUCCCUAUUAUUUUCCCCAGGUCUGGAGGUCUGGCAUACCAGCUGUAUUCAAACAAUUUGUAGUAAGCCAUGGGUUUCCCCUCAUA